AUGUACCUGUUUGCCAAGAACCCCAGCGCGGAGAGUGUGGAGGGGCGAAUCAAGAACUGGGGCGACAAGAUCAAGAAGCUUCAGCGGGUCAGUCUCUGGAUCACAGCGCCCCUGUCGCGAGCUCGAAACUCCGAAGGCGAGCAGAGUUACAGCACGGUGAAGUACGACAAAAUCUCCUGCAUCCGGGCGCGUCUGCGGUAGGGACUGUCACCUCAAAGAAUCACGCAGCUCAUUGGACGAGCUUGUGGAGAACGCCAACUCAUAAACCAUGACCGACCACCACGUUCAACCGUUGUUGUUACAUGUAGUAGCACCGACGGCGGAUUGUACUGUAAUUGUGGGCGUGGUGUCGACUAGAUAUCGACAGACUGCUGCUGUCGUCACCUUCUCCACGUAAGCAAUGCCAGCUGAAGUAAUUGCUUCCAAGUCCUCACGUGCAUCGUGUAUCUUCACGUACGUGC